AAGAUAAUCAUUCGGCUCGUUGAGUCAUGCUUUGCCUUCUUGCGCUCUGUCGAAAGAUACCUUUCAUGUUGUAAAUAAUACUGGGUGAAAGGAAGCCUCAGACCGAAGAUGGGCAAGCUUUUGAGUCUUCUGGCUCGAGACGAGUCUACCUGUUGCCAGAAAGUCUAUCAAAAGUACGACGUCUUUUUGGAUUUCGAGAACGCACAACCAUCCGACUUGGAGAGGGAAACCUUCGAAGCGGUGCAGAGAGUUUUGAAAAAUUCAGAAUCUAUCCUAGAGGAGAUUCAAUGUUACAAAGGGGCCGGGAAAGAAAUCAGAGAGGCGAUUUCGGCGCCUACGGAAGAGUGUCAACGGAAAGCCUAUCUGACCGUUGCCCCCUUGGUCGCGAAGCUGAAAAGAUUCUAUGAAUUUUCAUUGGAACUCGAAAAGGUAGUGCCGAAAAUAUUGGGUCAACUAUGUUCCGGGAACAUCUCGCCGACCCAACAUCUCGAGACCCAGCAGGCUUUGGUGAAACAGCUGGCGGAAAUUCUGGAGUUCGUCUUGAAAUUCGACGAGCACAAGAUGAAGACACCCGCCAUUCAGAACGACUUCAGUUAUUAUCGAAGGACGUUGACCAGAGCAUCCCUGGCGCGACAGGAGAACGCUGAGAAGGAUCUCGUAGUCGGGAACGAGCUGGCCAACCGAAUGUCCUUGUUCUACGCCAACGCGACACCCAUGCUUCGCGUUCUGAGUCACGCGACCAUUACUUUCUUGAUGGACAACGAAGACAUAGCACGCGAGAACAUCACGGAAACCCUUGGUACCAUGGCCAAGGUUUGCCUGCGCAUGUUAGAAAAUCCCAAUCUACUGGCGCAAUUCCAACGAGAGGAAACUCAACUCUUUGUUCUGAGAGUGAUGGUAGGGUUAGUGAUCCUUUAUGAUCACGUUCAUCCGCAAGGUGCCUUCGUUAAAGGUUCGAAUGUCGAUGUUAAAGGCUGUGUAAAAUUACUGAAGGAUCAACCACCCUGCAAGAGCGAGGGUCUGCUAAACGCUCUUCGCUACACCACCAAGCAUCUGAACGAGGAGAACACACCUAAGAAUAUCAAGAACCUGCUAGCAGCAUGAUUACCGAAGCAGCGCGGCUGCUGCAUCAGAAGCUGAAACAGUUGGGUUGCUGAUAUUCAAGAAGCUGAACGAGCAACGUAUCCGUUUCGCGUAGCGCGCCACAAGGACGUCGAAGAUGAUAUCCUCGCGUUUCCACAUGACCCAAGCAAAAUCUCCUGUUCCUGAUCGUGGUUGGGUGGUGGACCACUAAAAAAAAAAAACAAACAAAAACGUGUCUUUCGUAAUCGAGUCUUAUAGCUGCCCGAAAACUGCCGACUUCUACAUUUUACCUUCUGACAAAAACCACAAAAAAAAAAGAAAAGAAACAAAAAAAAAAACAAGGUAGGGAAAUUGUAGAAAGGCAAGGAAACGAGACGACUGAACAUCGGAGGAAUUGCUGAACUCGGUUUUGCAAGCGAUGCCUUUAUCGCAGUUGCGAGCCCGAGCAUUUAGGAAUUAUCAUUACGAUAUUACUAUUCACACACUCUCUCAUACCACGUUGAUUAUUAUUGAUCAUCGCUAAUCACACAGGUCACAGAUUCUCACCUAAAAAAAGAAAAAAACAUUUUGCCACCGUUUCUCACUGGAAAAUCCGGCGCUCGAAGGACCAUUGCUAUUAUUGCCACUAUUAUUGCGAUUAUUCACGUUCGUUCGAGUUCAUUACCGUCACCAAAGUAUUAUUAUUAUUGCCCUGACUAACUAACGUCACCACGUGUACUAACAUUGUAUUCGCCUGCCCUAGCAGGGGGGAGGAAAGGGAUCGAGUUAAUUAGAGCAUAUCAGUAAGCAUAUUUAGGGUAAUUUCGAUGAUUGCGAAGUGUUACGAUCAGAGGUUUUAAUAACGUUGUAAGAUAUUGUGCAGAUCUUUAGCACUUGUUUUCUUUGUUGAAACGGUUGUCAUCCGAGAG